AUGUAUCUAACCACCGAAGACCUCAACGGACCUGAUGCUAAUGGUUUACUAGUCCUCGGACAUGAGCUUUGCGAUAAUGGUAACUCUCUUCUACUGCCUACCUACAAGUAUAAAGAUGCCUUCGACUUCGACAUCUCCUGCACAGUCUCAUAUAAAAAAGCUCUAUCACUCCUCAAUAUUUUAUGGCAGGCUUGGGGCCUAUUACCAUGGCACAUUCUCAUCAUCAAGAACUGCCUGACUGCACUAGUUUCAAGAUUAAGAGCUGUGAACGACCACAAAUGGACUGACGAUGUGGACGAUAAGGCUAUGAACUUGCUCAGAAGAUGGCAACAACUGUUGAAGGCCAACCCUCCAACUCCGACGCACCGGUACAUCAAUCCAGAUGCACCUAUUCAUGUCUGGUUCGACUCCUCCGAACUCUUAGGAGCGAUGGUGGCCAUGCAGGACAACCAAGUGGUAUUCAAAAAGCAGUGGAAAUGGUCCACUCAAGAGCGAGCCUUGCACAUUAACGUGAAGGAACUCACUACUGCCUACAAUGCUCUCUCUACUCUUGUCUCCUUCGAGCUCGAUACCAAUAAGAAGUUCUCGAAGAUCAUCCUCUACGGCGAUAAUCGUACAGCUAAUGCUGCCCUAGCCUCUGGUAAGGUCUGCACUUCUGGUAAGCAAUCGACUCUACUUCAACGAGCUAUCGACCUUAUUCAUUACCUUAUGGGAAGACGCCAGUUUGAAAUUCACUAUGUGGCCUCUGCCGAGAACCCUGCUGAUGCCGGCACAAGGUGUGACCUCUACAGCGAUUUGGUUAAAUACCGUGAUUCUAUCGACGGUGUAAGUCCUGAGAUUCUGUCUGACGAUGAUACCUCAGAUAUGAACACUGUUCAUGUUGCUAGAAUCAUACGUAAGCGUGGUGACGUGGACGAAGACACCAACGAGAUCG